CAAAGUGUGAGUCAGUACUCUGUCUCUGCUCUUCUCACCAAGAACCACCAAAGUACUGAAACAACAGUAUUCCUGUUACUGCUGCUGCUGGAUGAGUGAGCUGCACUAAGGAGAAAUGAAGCGCUCCCUGGGGAUCUGUCUGGUGAUCUGCUCUGCUCUGAUCGGAUUGGGGUCAGCCAUCCGCUGCUACAGCUGUAAGGACUACACAGCCAGCUGCUCCAAGCAGCGGGAGUGUAGCUAUGACGACGCCUGUCUCACACUCAGCGAGAGAGGUGGAAUGACUUACCGUCAGUGUCUGAAGUAUUCAGACUGUGAGUACGGCCGCCUGGCCCAGAUGUUCCCCCAGGUUUCCAGUUUCACCUUUAAGUGCUGCAACUCUGACCUGUGUAACUCCGCCCCCUCCUCUGCUGCGAGCUCUGUGAUUGGUCUGCUGGCCUCAGCAGCCAUCAUGUGGUGGUGCAUCCACUGAAGAGAGCUGCAGCUGUUACAUGUUCCAGCCCCCAGUGGCUGGAACAUGUAACAGCAGCUUCUUUAACAGUCCGAUCAAUACAUUCAUACUGAACACUUAUCACAGAUCAAAAUAUUUAUGUGGAAAUAAAUAUUUCAGUUGCUGAUGGAUUGAUUGAUUAUUAAAAGAGUUUGACUGAUCAUUACACUAUUUGUAUCAGCUGUUUUACAGGAAACUGCUUCUCUAACUUCCCAGCCUUCAAAAUAAAAUGCAACUGAAAUGUUCUUCUGUGACUCUUUAACUUCUGUCUGUGAAUCUAAUCAAUAAAUGGUGACAAACCGG